GUGUCUAUAUUGUACAUGUCAAUAAUUUUAAAAUGUGGUACUUAAAAGUGUCGUCAAGCUUACUCAUAGCAGUGGCAUUAAUCUGUAUGAUACAGAAUGUAAUAUCUCUCGCAUUAGAUCCCAAAACUUCAGAGGAUGAAUGGUCAACACUGUCAAUUUCUACAGAUCAAAUUGACUUAAAAAAAAUUUCUAAACUGUGUAAAACUUCUAUUGAUAACUUCAACGAAAAAUUAGAAAAUUCAAAAGCUGUUGUUAACAAACAAAUGCCUGAACCUAACAAGACAACGGAAGAUAUAGUAAAUUUAGUAAGAGAUAUAAAAUCUCAAAUUAAAAAUUCAUCUACAGAUCUUGUAACUGUAAGAAAAUUAAUUCAAAAAACUGCUUUACGAUUUAGAGACACAUUCAAAUCACUUGUAUCAUUUACAGAAUUAGAUAAUGAACCAGUAAAUAAAGAAUUAGAAAUUAUUAAAAAAACAACUGUUGAUAAUAAAAAACCACUAGUAAACCAUGUUGUGCGGUCAUUUGGAAAUCGCUACGAUCUUAAUAAAUUAGCCAACAAGGUUCUCGAGAUUUCUUCUGAUCAUGAGAAAUUAAAAAAUAAUUAUGAUGAAAAAAAAAAAAUUGCCAAAAAAGAAUUUAAUUCACUAUGGAAGUCUUUAUCUAAUCAUUCGAAAACUGUGAAUGAUAAUGCUAUAAAGGCCUUAACAACGUUCUUUGAAGGAAUGAAAUCUGUCAAAUUGGUGAAAAAAAAAGUGAAGACUCUUGGAGAAGAUGCACUGAAUGAAAUAAAAAUGGGAGAUGAUAUAAAUAAACUUAAAAAUGCAGUUGAAUUAGCUAAAGCAUUAAAAUUAAAGUUUGAAGAUGAAUGGAGUCUUGACUCUGGGGAAUUAACUUAUAGCGAAGAACAAAAAAAAACUACUAAAAAACCAAUAAAUGAUAAUGAAGAAAAUGCUCGUGAUAAUGAAGAUGAUAAAUCUGUUGAGAAUAUUUCUACAAACGAUAUCGAACCUAAUUUGCCAACAACUAAACAAGAAAUUAUUGGCAAUGAAAAAGUAAAUGAUAUUCCAUCUACCCAGACUGAGAUUGGAAAACCAUCUAAAAAUGACAGAGAAACCGUAGAUAAAGUUGUUUCUCCAGUUAAAGAAACACAAUUACCUAUUGAGCCAGAAAAUAAAAAAGAAACUAAAAUAAUGAAACCUACAAUUUUAGAAAAAGAUGACCUUACAGAUAAUAUUUCUGAUAAAAUAAAUUAUCCGUUUGAAAAAACUCCAAUAAUCCCUAACACGGGAAAUGAAGAAAAAACAGAAAUGGUUCAACACAAAGUUUCAAAUGAUGACCAAAAUUCUACAAAUGAUUUAAAAUCAGAUUCUUCUGUCAAAGAAACACCAUUUAACCCUGAUAUUACUAACAACGAAAAAAUUAUUACACCAACUGAAAAUUCAAUAAAAAAUACUGAUAAAAAAAAAAUAAAAAAAAGAACAAGGGGAAAAAACCCAAUACUACCAUGGGAAAAAUUAAUACAAUUAGAUUACCCACAGAUAAGUCAACAAUCAAAUAAAUGUGAAAGUUUAUUGAAAAAUACAACACCAGACUUUGAUAAUAUUAAAAAAUCAGCGAAAAACUCAAUACAAGUAACAAAAAGUUACGAAAAUUUACAAAAGAUAGAAAAUGACAUUAUUCAACAAUUUUAUGAUAAAAUGGUUGAUACAAACACAAAACUGUCUGAUUAUUUAGUUAAUGCAGCAGAAAAUAUUUGUGAUAAAGUAAUACCAAUAAAUAAAAGAUUAGAAAUAAAAUUUAAAAAUGAUCCAAAUAUUAAACGUAUAAAAUAUUUGUUAGGUAAACAAUACGAUCCUAAUCAAUACAUAUUAAAAGUCUUAGAUGAUGCUAGUCAUAAAAAUGGAAUUGGUGGCAUGAAAAAGACUACUUAUUAUAAAAUGUUAGCAUUAGCUUAUAAUUUGAACCAUGAAACAAAAGAAAUGGAUAAUUCUGCAUUAUACGCGAUGAAUAAAAUCUACGAAGGAAAAUUAGCUGCAAAUAAUUUACAAAAAAUAUCUAAUAAAGAAAAAACAUCAAAAGCUUGUUACAUAAGAAAUAUUUUAUUAGAAAAAGAGAACGACGCUGAGAAAAAGAAUAAGGAUGAAAAUAAAGAAAAAGUAAAAGAAGCUAUAAAUGAUGACAUCAGUACAGAACCAUUAAAACCUGAUGUCAACCUAGAUUCGGUCGAUGACAUACAGCCAUCAAUAGUGAAUGAUGAUAAUGAAUCAAUUUUAAAUAAUGAUGAUGAAACAAAAACGUUGAAUGAAACAAAUGAUUCGACAACUCUUAAUAAUUCCGAUAAUACUGAAAAUGUUACCACAUCUGAUGAAAAUGGGAACACAGAAUAUGAAGACAACGAACAGGAAACUCAAGAAAAUUAUAAUAAUUCUUCUAUUCCACAAAAUAAAAAUAAUGAUAACUCUGAACAUUUAAAAAAUAUUGAUGUAAACUCAAAUGAAGCAACUCGUAAAGGAAAUGCUUUAAAUAAACCCAAAGUAAAACGUCGCAGAAAGCAUAUAGAUCCGAAAGACGGUAAAGAAAUAUCAGAAGAAUAUGAUGCGUCAGUAGAAGAAAAUAUAAACGAUAUAAAUGAGUCAAGUGGGAAAAACUUUGAUAAUAUUCCAGAAUUAGAAACAUCAGUUCAUACUGAUGAUGAACAUGAAAUAGAUGAAGGAGAUAAUAAUCAAGAGAUACCAUCAGAGGACGAAGAUACAAUAAAUAAUUAUAAAGAUAUUGAAUCAAAGCCUACUGAUGAUAGUGUUGCCAAUGUACAUCAAGAUAAUACAACAAAAGAAACACAUGUUUUUGAUGAGGAUGAAAACUUAAAUAGUGUAGAACAUGCCGAACUGAACGGUGUUCAUAAUGAGAAUAUUGUUCCAGCGACAGAAAGUUUGGAAGAAGAAUCAAGAUCAAAUGAACUGAGUUAUGAGGAACCUGAACAAAGUCCCAUAGUUAAUUCGAAAAAAAACGAUACCAAGAAACAUAGUAAUGCAGAUGAUAAUCAUCCUAAACGCCUUAGGAAACGCAAAGACCCUGCAACUGCUCUUAAUGGGCCUGAAGAAUAUGAUGCAGUUGAAGAAAAAGAGGAUGAAUUACCAGUGGAAGAUGACAACACCAAUAAAUUACUUAAAACAAGAAAUAAUAAUGAAAUUGGACAGGAUCAAGAAACACCAGAUUCCAUCGAUAAACCAAAAGAUAAUGAUGCAGACAAUCAACCUAAUGGAAAAAAUAGACGUCGCCGGAAACGCAAGGAACCUGAAACUGGUCUUGAUGUGUCUGAUGAAUAUGAAACAAUAGAAGGUGACAAUCAAUCACCAGUGGAUGAUGACAACACAGAUAAACUACCUGAAACUUCAAACAACAAUGAAAUUGAACAGGAAUUAGAAACACCAGACAACAAUGACAUUGAACAGGAUUCAGAAACACCAGAUUCUGACGAUACACCAAAAGAUAUUGAUGCAGACAAUCAACCUAAUGGAAAAAAUAGACGUCGCCGGAAACGAAAGGACCCUGCAACUGGUCUAGAUAUGUCGGAUGAAUAUGAAACAAUAGAAAAUGACAAUGAA